UCGACUCGUGAUCCCUCAGUAGUGAGGCUUAGUUGAUUCCAGCCAAGUCAACUCGCUAACAGCUGCUUCGAUCGUCAACUGGGCUAAAACGAAAUCCUUCUCGGCCAAUAACAAUAAGUUCAAACUUCGAAGAAGUUGAAAGUUCCCCGCGCCUUGGUCAAAGCGCCUUACAGUGAGAAAUGAAUGGCAGCGAGACAGUCUCAGCUGGACCGAAUAGAAGCUUUCCCACUGUAUUUCCACAUAAUGUGCAAGGUGAAUCUCAGGCCUUUAGUGUCAUAAAGAUAUUCUUCUAUUUCAUCAUCCUAUCCGCCAGCACUUUUGGUAACAGCAUGCUUGCUCACAUCAUCAUUCACACGAGAAAGAUGCGGACCGCUAGUAACUUCCUGAUAUUAAACUUAGCCAUUUGUGAUUUAGUGACGCCGUUGAUAAGCAUUGUGUUUGAUUUUAUCCUUGAAGAAAAUAAUUAUGACUGGAUUUACGGCGAAGCCAUGUGUUCCAUACUUUGGCCUACACAGACUUAUUUUACUUGCGCGUCUUCGUUAACGCUUGCUGGAAUCUCGCUGGAUCGCUACAGAAUAAUCCUUCAUCCAUUCAAAAUUCGCCUCACCAGCAAACAGAUUAGUUUGUUAAUUUUCCUGGUACAUGUAUGCUCGCUAGUCGCUGUUGCUCCUUAUGGUUAUUUCCUCGUGCUGAGAAAUGGUUCUUGUGAGGAAAACUGGCCCAAAUUUUCCUACAGACAGGCUUACACUUUUUUUUUGUUUCUGGUUCAAUACGCAAUGCCGCUCGUAAUAAUGAUAUUCAUGUACACAAUGGCUGUUCGAGCACUAUGUCAAACUUCAAGGAAAACACGCGACAACUCAAUAUGUGCAAAAACUCCGCAAUUUAUCGUCAAGAAGCUUAAACUUGAAGCUAAACAGCAAGAAAAACAUCGUGGACUAUCUAAAUCCCACUACACAUUUAUCAGACGGCUUGGCAAGCUCAAUACAAGAGACAUUUGGAAAACUCCUAAUGCAAGGGCGACAAAAAUGUUCAUAGUGAUUGUGACUGUCUUCGCAAUAUUUAUGUUCCCCAAUCAAAUUGUGUGGUUGUGGGCAGAUUUCGGUGGAGGGAUAAAUCAUCCAGACUUUACCAAACUUUCCAUUAUUUGCUGGUUGUUUACAUACACCAACAGUGUCGUGAACCCAGUAAUUUUUGGUUUAUUCAGCAAAGAUUUUCGCAAAGGUUUUAGGAGGAUUUUUCACAGCCUGCUGCGUUGCGAGAGAUUAGUCGGGAAAGAGGAUCUUGUAAGAUUACGACGUCAAAGUACUAGCAAAACUCGUUCAGAAACGACGGAAUCACAUGGCACAGAUUACGGGUCGUGUACAAAAGACAGCAACAUGUCCUGUCUUUUUCAAGAUGAACAAAAGACACCGAUGUUGGGAGGAAAAACUGAUCAUCAGUUUCACGAAAUGUCCCCACCCUUAGCUCAACCAAAUUUCGCUUCGAACAGAACCGCGAUAAAAUAUUUCAGCAAACAGAUGGUACCAAACCCGUUAAAAGCUUUUGAGCUCGAAGAUGCAACUCGUCACUCCAGUGGCCUUCUUAGAGAAAAUUAUGUUGAACAAUGGGGUACUUUGUCUAAUUCAGAGUCUUACAUUGAAACUUUGACUGAUGCGCUGAACAGCUCGCCGGAAACUAACUGUUAGAGGGUCACCGCAAGACUGAUGAACACACAAAGGGUCAGACUUUUCCAUCACAAGGUCAUUUUUGAGUCCCGACGAGGUUUCCUACGUAUUGUAGAAUCGCCAUUGGGCGUAUAGUUCACGCUGGGCUCCUUUCAACAGAGUUCUAGAAAGAACAAUUAAUGCAGUUUAUACUCAAAGUUUUCUACGUGAAGCAGCUUUGCAUAUUGAAUCAUAAGCUAGCAUUUUAUUUGUCUGUUGCCUUAUUGCUGUUCUGAAUCCUUGAGUGUUGCCGGAGAGAGAUAGCUCUAAGCUUUACUCUUUAUAACUUAUCAGCAGCUUAUAAAGUAAUCACGCAAAACAAAAGUUCAAAUUCUAAAACAACUUCUGCGAAUUUAAAAAGAGGCCGUGAUCUUUGAAGUUCCAAGACAAGCGUUCUUUGUUACGAACGUUUCUCGAGUAAUGCUAAAUAGCGUCAUUUCUGCAAGUUUUGAGAAUAAUCUUUGCGUCUUUAGUUUGAUUCCAAAAUCUUUGAGUUCUUUUCCUGUUUAUAACUUCCAGCCUCCUACGCAUUUCUCAAACAAAGCUUUCCAUUACAACUCGUUUGACAAGAUUUAACUUACAAACUCCGGAAAAGUGGUUAGGAAGUUGGCGUGUCUUUGUAUCCAUAAAUACAUUUUCUAGAAUUUCUAUCCGGUUUUGUGAAGUAUUCUUUCCUCAAAAAUUAAAAAACCAAACAAUUCGAGUCUAAAAAUAAUGUAUGGAGUUUAAAGAGCAAGUUAUUGUAUGCCUUAGCCAAUGCAACGCGACCCUCUAUUACAACAAUAUAUAUUUGUCAACUGCUUCUUUGUUAAACAAGUGCGUAGCAUUCCCGUAAUAUGUCUUUGUCAACUCCUUUAUGGCUCAAGUGUCUCGCUCAAAAAGCGGUCGUCAGUAGCAGUUUUAUCUUUAGAAAGCACCGUCAGUGUGGAAUGAUUUGUAAUAUCCAAUAAAAA